AUGGAUCAACAGGCCCACAACGGCCAGUCGUCCUCGACAGCCGGCCAUGACAAGGAACAACAACCUCAUAUAAACCAAACGGGUCCCUCGCCCUCGGCAACCGGUCUGGGUGCCCCGGACGACUCAUCCGUCGGCUUGGGUCUCGAUCUCGAUGCUCAACCGCAGCAACAACGGUCAAGCUUGACAUUUGCCGGAACCUCAGACUCGGGGUUUGACUCAUUUGGCUCGAAUACUGACUUCCUUGAUCCGCAAGAGACGUCGUCCCAGCAAACGUUCAGCCAAGCGACCGUCUCUGAUCCGACUGUAUUCGAUCCUGGUGCCAGUUUCGGCCAUCAGCCCACCCCCGGUCAAGGUGCCGACGGCGCAUUGUCCUUUGAUUCCCAGUCGCAACCAACGGCAUACCUGUCUCCAAACCUCAACGACGGAGACUUUUCUCUCUUCCCUUCGAGCAGCCAGGGUGACCAGUUCAACGCCCCGCUCUUUGAGCAGUCAAGUCUCAACCCGAAUGAUAUUAAUAGCAUGGCCUCUCCUCAAUCCCAUCACACGCCUACCCCUCCAAACCUUCUCCAGCCAGAUAGUCUCCAACCUGGUUCUGCUCACCAGUCACCCUCCUUCAGCCAGCAUCACCAAUUCUCUUCCCCGCAAAGCAGUCACUCAAGGAACGCUUCUCUUGGACCCGAAGCUGCCUUGCUACCGAACCAGAUUGGUGAUUGGACCCAGCAACCUCAAUUCCAGGGUCAUCGCCGCAGUCCCUCCGAAUACUCGGACGUCUCGUCUGUCUCGCCGUCUCCGAAUUUAGUCAGUGCAGACUCGUUUGAUGACCAUUCAGGCCACUCACCUUUACAAAGAGCCUCGGACGGUAGUCUGUAUCAAGACGUUUUGAACAUUGAGUCCUUUAGCAUUGGCGACAACACUCAACACGGCAGAAGCCCUUCUCAUAGCCCGGCCAUAAGUCCUAGAAUCAAUCCUCAGCAGAUGCCCGAGAUGCAUCAACCGGUAUUCGUUCUGGCACCUCCGAGUGGUGGCUUUGGCGCUAUGGGCUACCCUAGUAUGCAGCCUACAUCAUUUCCUCCACUGGCUUUGCAGGAACGAGGCGAUAUUUCCCACAUGGCUCCUCCAGCCAUCAAUAUCGAUUUCGCGCCAAACAAUGCAAAGCAAGGUCCUUACGAAUCUGUCAAGUCUCACAUUGACCAGGACUCUUUGACGCCGCCAUCCGACAGAGGUCGACCUAAGUCACGGCCUCGGUCUGUCACAGAUCCUUUCCAUCCCGGCGGUGUGGCCUUGAGUCGGCCUCAAAACUCUGCUAGCCUUUCGCCAACUCCUCAUCUCUCAGCUCGGUCCGAGUCCUCCCGCUCCCUAUCACCCCUAGAAAGGCAAUCUGCUUCAUCCUCCUCCCGGAGACGCCAGUCUACGUCUUCCGUUCCUAAUAACGUCAUCGCCCUGCGCUUGGCGGAUCCUGAGUAUCAAAACAGCCCAGAAUCAGGCUCUACAAAACGCGUGCAAAAACAUCCGGCUACAUUCCAAUGUACACUAUGUCCUAAGAGGUUUACACGAGCAUACAACCUGCGAUCUCAUUUGCGAACUCAUACCGACGAACGUCCCUUUGUAUGCACGGUUUGUGGGAAAGCAUUUGCCCGCCAGCACGACCGCAAGAGACACGAGAGCCUUCAUUCUGGAGAAAAGAAAUUCAUUUGUAAAGGAGAUCUGAAGGGCAGUGGCCAGUGGGGCUGUGGGAGACGUUUUGCCCGUGCUGACGCUCUUGGCCGUCAUUUCCGUUCUGAAGCUGGCCGUAUUUGUAUUAAGCCGCUGCUUGAUGAGGAGAUGAAUGAACGACACAGACAGUGGCAAGAACAGCGAUUGCAGCAAAAUAUUGCCCAGAACAUGGCCCCACAGAUGACAUUAGAUCCAGCCACGGGCUAUCCCAUGGAUGCUAGUGGAAACUACAGUCUGCCCGCGGCUUUAUUGCAGCAGUAUCCUGCUUUAGCCCAGAUGAAUUGGUCUGCUCCUGACGCGGGUGGUGCGAUGGAGGACGAUCUUAGCGGACGGUCGUCGUUUGACGCCAGCGACUACGAUGAGACUGAAGAGACGGGCUAUGUCAGCGGACCCGGAACAACAUACGGAGAGGGUGGCAUAGGCCAAAAUUUUGGAGAAAUGGGCUACCCUAGCGAUUUUGGCGGCCGCUGA